UGAUCGUACCCUAAUCCAAAUUGAUAAAUGCCGAGCCUUGCGUAGAAAUUACUGUUGCCAUUGUACGCCCACUUUCUUUUGUCCGUUCGUUUGAUAAAUGAGGGCCAAGUGUUUUAGGAGAGCUUCAGUGUUGCAGCAGCAGGGGCGGGACCUCCUCAGCCCCUCUCCCUCCCAUCUGUGUGAGUGUGUCAGUAUAUAAGAGGAGGCGUGGCGGUGUGGGGCCGGCGUGGAGCCAUCUAUUCCUUUCCGUCCCAUCAGUGUGAGCAGCAGAGUCAGCAGGCUGGAGCCCUGGUACUCCUACACCCACUGGUUCCCCAUGGCCUCGUCCCAUGUGAUGAAGCCCGGCCUGGAGCAGGCACCGGUACCGGUGCCCCGCAUGCAGCCCGCCAUGAUGAUGUUCUCCAGCAAGUACUGGUCCCGGAGGGGGCUGUCCCUGGACUCAGCCAUGUUCCACCAGCAGCAGCAGAGACACACCGGGGGACAGAUGUCGAGGCGUCCAUCCUUCUGUCCCAUCAGUGAGACGCCGGACAAAGAGUGCGCUGAGGAUUGUGGGAAGACGGCGGUGGUGUUCUCUCUGAAGAACGAGGUGGGCUGUCUGGUCAAAGCCCUGCGACUCUUCCAGGAGAAGCAGGUCAACCUGAGCCACAUCGAGUCUCGGAUGUCAAAGCGCGUCCCGAACGAGGUGGAGAUCUUCGCUGACUGCAACUGCAGCAAGAAAGAGUUCAACGAGCUGCUGGAGCUCCUCAAAGACCACGUCAACAUCAUCUCCUUCAACACACCUGCUCACCUGUGGUCAGCCGAGGCAGACGGAGACGAUGUCCCCUGGUUUCCAAUGAAGAUCUCAGAGUUGGAUCAGUGCUCUCACAGAGUGCUGAUGUACGGAUCAGAACUGGAUGCUGACCAUCCUGGCUUUAAGGAUGCAGUUUACCGCCAGAGGAGGAAAUAUUUUGUUGAAGUAGCCAUGAAUUAUAAAUUUGGACAGCCCAUCCCUCGUAUCGAGUAUAGUGCAGAGGAGGUGAGGACAUGGGGUGUUGUGUUCAAAGAGCUGACGGCUCUGUACCCGACUCACGCCUGCAGAGAAUACCUGAAGAACCUGCCGCUGCUCAGCAAACACUGUGGCUACAGAGAGGACAACAUCCCCCAGCUGGAGGACGUGUCCCUGUUCCUCAGAGAGCGGUCGGGCUUCACGGUGCGUCCUGUAGCAGGUUACCUGUCUCCCAGAGACUUCCUGGCUGGUUUGGCCUACAGAGUGUUUAACUGCACGCAGUACGUCAGACACAGCACGGACCCACUGUACACACCUGAGCCGGACACAUGUCACGAGCUGCUGGGACAUGUCCCGCUGCUGGCUGAUCCAAAGUUCGCUCAGUUCUCUCAGGAGAUCGGUCUCGCCUCUCUCGGAGCGUCUGAUGAAGAUGUUCAGAAACUGGCCACGUGUUAUUUCUUCACCAUCGAGUUUGGACUCUGCAAACAGGACGGUCAGCUGAGAGCGUAUGGAGCAGGUUUACUGUCGUCUAUAGGAGAGCUGAGGCAUGCACUGUCAGGUCAGGCCUGUGUUAAGAUGUUCGACCCGAAGACAACCUGUAAUCAGGAGUGUCUCAUCACCACCUUCCAGGAUGUUUACUUCGUGUCCGAGAGCUUUGAGGAGGCCAAAGAGAAGAUGAGGGAUUUUGCAAAGACGAUAAAGCGGCCGUUCUCUGUGUACUACAACCCGUACACACAGAGCAUCGACCUGCUCAAAGACACACGCGGCAUCGAGAACGUGGUGCAGGACCUGCGCAGCGACCUCAACACCGUCUGUGACGCCCUGGGCAAGAUGAACACCUACAUGGGCAUCUGACCUGCCUCACCUGAGACACCUGAGACACGCCUGAGACACACCUGUACACCUGAGACACACAUCUGAGACACACCUGUACAGCUGAGACACAUCUGAGACACACCUGAGACACACCUGUACACCUUAGACACAUCUGUAAACCUGAGUACACGAGAGAUACACAUACACAUCUGUACAUCUGAGACACACCUGAGACACAUCUGAGACACACCUGUAAACCUGAGACACAUCUGAGACACACCUGAGACACACUUGAGACACACUUGUACACCUGAGUACACCAGAGAUACACAUACACAUCUGUACACCUGAGACACACCUGAGACACAUCUGAGACACAUCUGAGACACACCUGUACACCUGAGUACACCCGAGACACACCUGUACUCCUGAGUACAGCUGAGACACACUUGUACACCUGGGAGCCACCCAUACACCUGAGACACACCUGAGACACACCUGCACACCCGAGACACACCUGUACACCUGAGUACACCUGAGACACACUUGUACUCCUGAGAGCCACCUAUACACCUGAGACACACCUGAGACACACCUGUACAUCCAAGACACACCUAUACACCUGAGACACACCUGAGACACAUCUGAGACACACCUAUACACCUGAGACACACCUGAGACACACCUGUACAUCCGAGACACACCUAUACACCUGAGACACACCUGAGACACACCUGUACAUCCAAGACACACCUGAGACACACCUAUACACCUGAGACACACCCGAGACACGCCUAUACGCCUGAGACACACCCUGAGACACACCUAUACGCCUGAGACACACCUGAGACACACCUAUACACCUGAGACACACCUGAGACACACCUGAGACAUGCCUGUAUACCUGAGACACACCUGAGACCCACUUGUGCACCUGAGUACACUUGUGACACACCUGUACAUCUGAGACACACCUGAGACACACCUACACACCUGUACAACUGAGUACACUUGAGCUCUGAUUGGUUAAAAUGUCAGUAGUACCUGUCUGUAACAAAAACUUGUAAAUAAUAACAUGAAGGUCUUGUUGUUAUAAAGGAGUUAUACGCUGUCAGUCAAAGCUUUAUUAAUGUUAAUAACAUAGUAUUGAUCAGAUAUAAGCAGUUUGUUUUGGGUGUAAUAAAUCCCUUAUUUUGAGUAAUAAAGCAGUCAUAAAUGUUUAUAAUCCAGUGAUAAUGUUAUAAAGGAUGAUUUACUAACAGAGACGUUUGUCAUGUUGCUUUAGUUUUGUGCUGAUUGUUGUCUGUUACAAGAAU